ACAAAUAUACAAUUGGGUUAUUCAAGAGCAACAACCUAUUUGAAUCAAUCGACCUCUAUUUUUUAUUCCAUGGAAAAGUAUCGUGCUAUUCAACGACAUGAUGCAAGAGCUAUUUUAGGAUUAACACCCAACUAUGUGGAUGUGGUGACAUUGAGUAGCUUUCAACAUGACUGGCCACUUCAAAUUAAUCCUCCACCUCCUUCUCCUGCCCUUGAUUUGAGCUUAUUCCAAGGGAUUUUCUCGGUUCAAUUAUCAAAGAACAUUAUGGAUGUUCGGGCAGAAGUACGGCAGCACAGUAUUUUGGGUGCAUUAGCUUUGGCGGGUGGUUGUUAUGGUAUUUUAACAUCGGUUUAUAUUGCGUUAUUUGGUAUGCCCAGGUUAGCACCAUGGGGUUUGGUUCAUCAUGCACCUACACUGGCUUUUCAAAAAAAGCACAAUGAUAAUGAUAAUAGCAAAGAAUACAAAGAAGAAGAAGAUGCAAGCUAUCAUAAUGAAAGCGGAAGCCAAUUGGAUGUUGCUCAAUAUUCGCAAAAAGAAGAUUCUAUUAUUCUUGUGAACAAAGACAAUGCUGAAAAUAAGCAAAAUAUCCCUCAAUUGAGUAUAUCGACUCAGAUAUCAAAAAAAGACAGCAAAAAGACAUUACAUCUACCUGAUUUGUGUCUGUUUGAUUCAAGAGAUGUGACAGAAUCUCCAGGUAAACACUUGCAUUUUUUAGUGCAUUUAUAUUUAUUAUGUUACAGAAACAAUGAAUUUUUCAUCCUCUUCUACAGCAUGCGUAAAAAACCAUACAUUUGUGAAUGA